CUACGGUUUUCUUUUCCUCGCUUCCAUUCCGCUCCCUACCCUCACAGUCUUCCGCACCACACCUCAAAGAAGAAGAGGUUAAAGAGACGGCGCCGUUUUGCUGUCCGCCUUGACCGAGCAGAGCUUCGUCUUGGCCCUCGAUUUUGCCGUGCAAAACUCACGGUCACAGACAACCCCGUCGUCAUCAUCAACAACAAUGGCCCCAAAACAAACAAAGGCAGAGAAGAAGAUAGCUUACGAUGGGAAGCUGUGCCAGCUUCUCGAAGAAUACGGUCAAAUCCUCGUGGUCAACGCCGACAACGUGGGGUCAAACCAGCUCCAGAACAUUCGCAAGGGUCUCCGCGGAGACUCUGUCGUCCUCAUGGGGAAGAACACCAUGAUGAAGCGCUCCGUCAGAAUGCACGCUGAGAAAACCGGCAACAACGUGUAUCUCAGCCUCAUCCCUCUCCUUGUCGGCAAUGUGGGUUUGAUUUUCACCAAGGGCGACUUGAAGGAGGUCAGUGAGGAGGUUGCAAAAUACAAGGUUGGAGCACCUGCUCGUGUUGGUUUGGUUGCACCAAUUGAUGUCGUUGUUCCUCCUGGCAACACUGGUCUCGAUCCAUCUCAGACCUCUUUCUUCCAGGUCCUUAACAUUCCGACCAAGAUUAACAAGGGUACUGUGGAAAUCAUUACCCCUGUGGAACUCAUUAGGAAGGGAGAAAAGGUUGGAUCUUCCGAAGCUGCAUUGCUUGCCAAGCUUGGCAUUAGGCCUUUCUCUUAUGGGCUUGUGGUCCUUUCUGUUUAUGAUAAUGGCUCUGUGUUUAGCCCUGAGGUCCUUGAUCUUACCGAGGAUGACCUCAUUGAGAAGUUUGUUGCUGGUGUUUCGAUCGCUACUUCUCUUUCAUUGGCUAUCUCAUUCCCAACCCUUGCAGCUGCACCACAUAUGUUUGUGAACGCCUACAAGAAUGUUCUAUCUGUUGCUGUUGAGAUAGAUUAUUCUUUCCCUGAGGCAGACAAGGUCAAGGAGUAUCUCAAGGACCCAAGCAAAUUUGCAGUAGCUGCUGUUGCUGCUCCUGCUGCUGAUUCUGGUGCUCCAGCUGCUGCAGCAAAGGAAGAGGAAAAGAAGGAAGAGCCAGCUGAAGAAUCUGAUGAUGACAUGGGUUUCAGUUUGUUUGACUAAAUUAUGAAUGCUUAUUGAGGUUGCUUUUCAAGUUUUUUCUUUUUUGAUGUUUGAAUUGCUGAACCUGUUUUUGGUUUUAGGUGUUGUAUUGUUUCGCCGUUUUUCCUAUUCAUGUUAUAUUCUGACUAGUUUUCUAAUUUAAAUUUUCCAAGUUAUAACACUUA